GUGUGAAGUAAGCAAUCUAUUUUCACUUGCUAUUAACAGCAAAAGUACAACUUUAUCUCUUAUUUGACUUCAUUAUUUGGCUCUCAAUUAACAACAUGAAAACUAUACAGAAAUUAGCCUGUGCCCUAUAAGAUAGAGAUUUAGAUAAUUUGCUCAAAACAUUACAUGAGAUGUUCAGAUUUUCUCUCAAAGGCAGGACUCCAACACGGCAGGUGGAAAACCAACAAAAGGAAGAAGACAGAAAGGAGGAAAGGGAAGAUGAAAGACCGACUACAAGAACUAAAGCAGAGAACAAAGGAAAUUGAACUCUCUAGAGACAGUCAUGUACCAACUACAGAAACAGAGGAGCAAGGGGUGUUUCUGCAGCAAGCUGUUAUUUAUGAAAGAGAGCCUGUAGCUGAGAGACACCUACAUGAAAUCCAAAAACUACAGGAAAGUAUUAACAAUUUGGCAGACAAUGUUCAAAAAUUUGGGCAGCAGCAGCAAAGUCUGGUGGCUUCAAUGAGAAGGUUUAGUCUACUUAAGAGAGAGUCUACCAUUACAAAGGAGGUAAAAAUCCAGGCAGAAUACAUCAACAGAAGUUUGAAUGAUUUAGUUAAAGAAGUUAAAAAGUCAGAGGUUGAAAAUGGUCCAUCAUCAGUGGUCACAAGGAUACUUAAAUCUCAGCAUGCUUCAAUGUUCCACCAUUUUCAGCAAAUCAUGUUUACAUACAAUGAUACAAUAGCAGCAAAGCAAGAGAAGUGCAAGACAUUUAUUUUGCGUCAGCUUGAUGUUGCUGGAAAAGAGAUGUCUGAAGAAGAAGUAAAUGAUAUGCUUCAUCAAGGAAAAUGGGAAGUUUUUAAUGAAAGCUUACUUACAGAAAUCAGUAUCACUAAAGCACAACUUUCAGAAAUUGAACAGAGACACAAGGAACUUGUUAAUUUAGAGAACCAAAUAAAGGAUUUAAGGGAUCUUUUCAUUCAGAUAUCUCUUCUAGUAGAAGAGCAAGGAGAGAGCAUCAACAAUAUUGAAAUGACAGUGAAUAGUACAAAAGAGUAUGUUAAUAAUACUAAAGAGAAAUUUGGACUGGCUGUCAAAUACAAAAAAAGAAAUCCUUGCAGAGUACUGUGUUGUUGGUGCUGUCCAUGCUGUAGCUCAAAAUAAAGAAGCUAUUUU